AUGGAUUUAUCCAAAGCUAUAGAUGAAGAGAUUAGACAGUAUCAAUUGAUAUCUAAAUCACGGUCAUUGAAAAAUUUGAAUUUCAAGAAUACUUCGAAAAUUUCCAAAUCGGUUGAUGAGAAACAAUUCAAAGAUUUGUUACAGAAGAAACAUCAAGUAUUACAGAAAUUAUAUAAAUUAUUGAAUAAUUCUAUAACUGAUGGCAUAAGUGAUAAUUUAAAUGUUGAUUCUCUGGUAAUUACCAAUCGUUAUUUAGCAGAAAAGUAUAUCAUGGAACAUAUUUAUAAUGAUAAUGAGAAACAAAAGAAGAUAAGAGAUCUCAUAGAAAAACACCAAACUUACCAAACUUCCAUGAAAUUAAAGCAUCAACAGUCUCCUACACCAACUCUUGAUAUGGAGAUCUGGAGAAAUUUAGAAAAAUUCGAAAACGAGACCAUUUCAUACUUCAAAGAGAUUCGACUACCAUUUUUCAGUAUUGAUAGUAAUUAUCAAUACCCAACAUUGAAACAAGACAAGCAAUGGUUAAUUCAGAAAUUAAAUGAACUAUUUAUUAACCCAUAG